AUGGCUUCACACGGCAGCUCUGACAACGACUGCUCCCAUAUCAUUGAUCACAGCCAUGUCUCCCAGUUCGAAGUGUCCCUGUGGAUCAAAAUCACCCUCAUCCUUGUGUACCUGCUCAUCUUUGUGGUGGGUAUCCUGGGGAAUAGUGUCACUAUUCGGGUCACCCAGGUGCUGCAGAAGAAAGGCUACUUGCAGAAGGAGGUGACAGACCACAUGAUAAGCCUCGCUUGCUCCGAUAUCUUGGUCUUCCUCAUUGGCAUGCCCAUGGAGUUCUACAGCAUCAUCUGGAACCCCCUGACGACCCCGAGCUACCCCCUGUCCUGUAAGCUUCACAAUUUCCUCUUUGAAGCCUGCAGCUAUGCCACAUUGCUGCAUGUGCUGACACUCAGCUUCGAGCGCUAUGUGGCCAUCUGCCACCCCUUUAAGUACAAGGCCUUCUCGGGGCCCUGCAAGGUGAAACUGCUGAUAGCCUUCGUCUGGGUCACCUCUGUCCUAGUGGCAUUGCCUUUGCUUUUUGCCAUGGGCAUUGAGUACCCGCUCUUGAGAGUGCCUAGUCUCCAGGGGCACGCCUGCAAUCACUCUCGCACCCGCCACCACGAGCAACCCGAAAAAUCCAACAUGUCCAUCUGCACCAACCUCUCCAACCGCUGGGCCGUGUUUCAGUCCAGCAUCUUCAGCGCCUUUGUCAUCUAUCUCGUGGUCCUGGCCUGCGUGGCCUUCAUGUGUUGGAACAUGAUGCAGGUGCUCAAGAGGAGCAAGCAGGGAACAGUGACCGGGAUGGGACUGCAGCAGCAGCUGAGGAAGUCGGAGAGUCCAGAGAAUAGGACCUCCCGGAGGCAGAUCAUCCUCUUUCUGAGGCUGAUUGUUGUGACGCUGGCUGUCUGCUGGAUGCCUAACCAGGCCCGGAGGAUCAUGGCUGCAGCCAAACCCAAGAGCGACUGGACCAAGUCCUACUUCAAGGCGUACAUGCUCCUCCUCCCCUUCUCCGACACGUUCUUCUACCUCAGCUCGGUUAUCAACCCGCUGCUGUACAACGUGUCCUCGCGGCAGUUCCGCAGUGUGUUCAUGCAGGUGCUGUGCUGCCGCCUGACGCUGCAACACGCCAACCACGAGAAGCAGCUGCGCGCCACCUCCCUGGGGAACAGUGCCCGCUCCAUGCGCCGCCCGCUGCUCUUCAUGGCUUCCCGGCGCAAUUCCUCUGCAAGGAGAACUAACAAGAUUUUCCUAAGCACUUUUCAGGGUGAGGCCAAGCCCGAGUCUCAGCCCCAGCCACUGAAUCCCGAGCCACCAGCACCCAACAUGGAGGUGAAACUACAGAAUUGUUCUCAGGAGCUUGACGUGUGAAUGUCAAGUGGGGUCACCUG